AUGUGCAAGAAGGGUAUGGAAUGGGAUGAACCCCUACCAGAUAAUCUUAGUACAAAAUGGGAAUCAUGGCUUUCUGAAAUUCCUAAGUUGGCUGAUCUCAAAAUCAGGAGAUGCUACAAACCAGAAGGUUUUGAAGACUUGAAGAAAGUUGAGCUGCACCAUUUUUCAGAUGCUAGUCUUACAGGAUAUGGACAAUGUUCCUAUCUGAGAUUAGUUGAUGUUCAUAGUAACAUACAUUGCUCCCUUGUCUUAGGAAAAGCAAGAGUCACUCCUCUGAAACCAGUGACUGUUCCCAGGUUGGAACUUCAAGCUGCAGUUACUUCCAUUAAAGUCAGCAACUUCCUAAACAAAGAAUUAGACUAUGAAAACAUAGAAAAUUUUUACUGGACAGACUCAAAGGUAGUACUUGGUUAUAUUGGAAAUGAUGCACGUCGCUUCCAUAUAUAUGUGGCGAAUCGCAUACAGAGAAUUAAAGAUGCUUCUGUAGCUGAGCAAUGGCACUACAUUCCCAGUGCAGAAAACCCUGCCAGAUCAUGCCAUCCCGUGGCCUAG